AUGUAUACGUUCAUGAAGUUCACAAGGGCGAUACUGGGAGACAAGUUAUUCACUUUCCUGAUGAAGUGCACGUUUUACGGGCACUUCGUCGCCGGCGAAGACGAGGUGAAGAUCAGACCCGUCCUGGAAAGGUUACGGCAAUUUGGCGUUAAACCGAUUCUCGAUUACUCGGUCGAAGAGGAUAUUUCCCAGGAGGAAGCAGAGCGACGUGAAGUCCAGGCCUCCGUGUCGGAAGCUGGCGACGAGAAGAAGGAAGGAACCUUGAAGAAGUACCACGUAGAAAAGUCAUUUGCCGAUCGUCGGUACAAGGUAUCUUCGGCAAGAACCUAUUUCUACCUCAACGAAGCAUCAUGCGAGCGUAACAUGGACAUCUUCAUCAGGUGCUUAGAGGCUGUUGCGGGUGCUUCCAUGGGAGUCGGCAUUACCGCUGUCAAGUUAACAGCUCUCGGACGUCCUCAGCUUUUGCUGCAAUUGUCCGAAGUAAUCAUGAGAGCACGUCAGUACAUGUCGGACGUGGUCGGAGGAGAAGGUGCCGUUUUAGCUCACCAUGCGAAACCUGAUGACUUCAUGAAGAAAUUUGAGGAAGCGCACAUUAGGGAUGCUGCCCCGGUACAAAAGUUCCUUCAAAAAAUUCAGUCCGAUAAGGAAGGAAAUGUUAUUCACUUAUUCCCGUGGAGCGGUAUCUUAGACGAAAAUUACGAACUGAGCGAAACUUUUCAAGUGCCAGACAUUAAGACUGGGAAAAUGGUACAGCUAAUGACACAGCUUACGACGAAAGAAGAAGAGAUGUUCAGGAACAUGGUUCGGCGAUUAAAUAAUCUCGUCUCGGUCGCUGCCAAGUUGGACGUGCGCUUAAUGAUCGACGCCGAGCAAACCUACUUCCAGCCUGCCAUCUCAAGAUUAACAUUGGAAAUGAUGCGCAAGUACAAUACACAAAAGGCUGUGGUCUUCAAUACGUACCAGACCUAUCUUCAGGACACCUUUAACGAAGUCAGAACAGAUCUCGAGCAAGCUGAACGCCAAAAUUUCUAUUUUGGCGCAAAACUCGUCCGAGGUGCUUAUAUCGAACAGGAAAGGGCGAGAGCAGCCGCUAUGGGCUAUCCGGAUCCAACGAAUCCUACAUUCGAAGCUACGACAGAAAGUUUCCAUAAAACUUUGAUGGAAUGUAUGCGUAGAAUGAAGCAGUACAAGGAUAAAGGGGAGGAUCCCAAAAAGAUUGGAAUUAUGGUUGCGUCGCACAAUGAAAACACUGUGCGAUUUGCUAUCGAAAAGAUGAAGGAAAUUGGGAUUUCCCCCGAAGAUAAGGUUAUCUGCUUUGGCCAAUUGCUCGGAAUGUGUGACUACCUUACAUUCCCUCUUGGUCAAUCGGGUUAUUCCGCGUACAAAUACAUCCCUUACGGACCCGUGAAAGAAGUACUACCUUACUUGUCGCGUCGAGCGCAAGAAAACCGAGGGGUCCUGACGAAGAUCAAGAAGGAAAAGAACUUACUCUUCUCGGAGAUCAUAAGGCGUCUUGUACGAGGACAGUUAUUCUACACGCCGAAGGGCAAUUACACCCCCGUCUGAACUCUCUGGCACUCACGCAAUGCUCGGACGAGAGUUAUGUACGAAAACUAAAGUAGUGAUUGUAAAUUAUUGAAAUCUUAAGACCCUAAUAUGACGUUAAAUAGAGAGAGCAAAUUACUGUUGGAUCGGUAGUACUCGAGGAGAGGAAAAGAAAAUCAGAAAAAGAAACUGAAAACACACACGUGCGAGUGUAAGUGAAAUCAACUGCCAAGCGGGGUGCGAUAUCUGUUGUCCGAAAUUGCCUAAGUGUACAUGUACAGAGUGCAGAUUGCCCGAUGGUACGACCUCCAGUAGAGAGUUUACUAUCUUUUGCUCGUUACGCCCGCUGCGGUUGCGAACGAUAUCCGUUGCCGUUUCCGAGACCCUUAUUUAUGAUAACGAUAACGGGCAGGAGCGAUAUCCGACACGCUGUGGUGUAUCAUCCUCGUCGUCGGGUUGACGAAUCAAGACUUUAUAUAUAUUUAGAUAUAAUUUUAGCGACCCUUGGUUCCUGACAUGACAGGUGCUCUCUUUUUCUCUUUUACCGAUCGAAUGACGCUUUAGAAGUUCAUGUAUAGUCCACUUAGCAAAAUGUACCGUCACUCGCGGUCCCAGUCGAUACACCACGGCGAUUGCUCCUCAGGAAUCUCACGAUUACUCGUUGGUCGACCUAGCAUUUAAGGCUCAUCGGAUGUCCCGAAAUAAAUCUAUUCUGAAUCCGUGUACUUCGCCCAUUUGCAUAGAGCUCGGAAUCGCAAUCGAGCGUCGCGUCCCUAACUGCCUGAGUAUUCUUUUCUUUUUUUCGUUCUCUGCGUCCACGCUCCUCGGUAUCUAUCUCGUUUCGUCGCAAAUGAGAAAUCGUGUCACUAGAGUUUUGUACUUAAAGGAGUAUACCGGUAGUUAGAGACAUCGACGGGCUGGCAGGGGUGGACGGUCAUCUUAUCCGGAUGUCCGAAAUCGGCGACUCUUCGUUGCGUUACGUCGCGAAAGAGUCGUGAUUUUGAGAGACGCGUUCCUCUUAGGCAUCGGUCGGACGGGUUGACCGUCGAGCGGAUUUAAUUGCGGGAAACGAUCGACGAAACGCGACGAGAAAGAAAUCGAGUUCGAAAAGGAAGCUCGAGCUAAAGUGCACGGCAUUGCGAGAGGAAAGUAGUUCUAGUCUCCUCGACGCUAAGAUUAUGAUAAACUUGCGACCGUCGUGCGAGGCUUUCCUGGUAGAGUUUGUCUCCGGGUGGUUGUCGUUGCACUCCGUGGUGAUUCAAUGUGGAUCAUGGGUCGAUCAUACUUUGUUCCAUACGUGUGUGACUAUGUACGUACAUUGAGGAAUGCAACGUGUGGUCGCAGGUUGAAGAUGCACCGGAAAGCUCCCUAUCGACUCGAGGACGAUCGUAGGGCACCGCCAUCUUGGUUCAAACUCUACGAUCGAUCCCUCUUUCAGCCUGCGACUGAGUUUAUAAGUGCUAGGUGAAUUGAAUUGCGAGUUACGAGCCGUUUGCGUAUUACGAAUGUCACUUAUGUAAAUUGUAAUUCUGCCCCUCUUUCAAAGUUAUAGAAAUCUGAAUGAAAAUUUCUAAGCGAACGAGAUACACUCACGCUCACGCAUACUCGCAUCGCGCGCGCCUACAUACGUCGACAUACGUCCAGUCCCGGGUCUUUGAUUUCGUUGGAUGGAUCUCAUAGCAGGAACGAAUGAAAGGGAAUUUCAUUGACAUUAGUUGAUCUCGUCUGAGAUUCGGUAUACAGUUAGUAUAUUCUAUGCGUCAGUGUAUAAUUUUAAGUGUCACGGACGCGAAAAGUUCGAAGCGAACAACGAAACCACCGAUCGUUCCGUCAUACGUCGCGACGAUUGUUUUCGCAGGACCGUGCGUUUAGGUGUUUCUACUCAAGGUUGAUAUUCAUUUUUUUUUCCCGGCCUCCGCGUGUCGAGAAACGGUCGGCACGUGGCAGGAGAAACCAUUCGAACGGUUGGCAUGAAUUCUAAAUCGAUUUCGGAUCUCAUCAUUUCUCUCUUCUCAUUGGGAGUGACUUUGCCGUAAGAGCCUGUAUUUCUACGAUACUUGCGCCAUUGUUACGGGAUAAAGAAACGGUGUAGCGAAAGACAGUAAAUGUAUUUAGUGAGGCACAUCGCGUAUUUUAAGCCAUCCUUUUAUCACGCAUGCACGAGUUUUUAUUGAGAUUAGAGAAAACGAAUCUCUGUGAACCAUGUUAAAUAAUCAAGCUGGAAAAAAAAAUCUACUAAUUGGUGAAAUAAAUAAAGGGGCAUUGUUAAAGUUACACAGGCUACGUAGCUAAGUAUUUCCAAGUGUCCGAAUAUUGUACGUUGGACGCGAGUGAUUUAGAUAAUUAUAUAAUUCUACUUGUUAUAUAUUUAUUAUUCGCAUAGUAUAACGCGUAAGUAAAUGAACAUUUAAGUGUGUGUCGUUCGUGUGAUGAUGACAAUAACUUAGCUAUUUAAUGUUAUUGACAUACGGCGCAUGACUUCUAGGGCUGUAAUUGUGUCCCCUUGGUGGGCAACGUUGAUAUAGGAAAUAGCACGAUCCGGAAAUAAGGAAAGGAGAUAGCAGCCGGGAAUUAGCAAACAUCGGUUGCCUUUAUGGCACUAAUGUAGUCCCAGUUUACUUUGUCGUUUCUGGAGACGAAUCUUUAUAGUAUGUUAGCGUACGCGUUAAACGUAUAACCCGAUGGAAUCUAAGACUAUUUCGGAAUAACUUUAUCUGAAACUAAAUGUACUUUUUGAGUAAUCUACAGUUGCACGGGAGAAUCUAUGACUCCUGAAGUUUUCGACGUCAAAACUUAUUAACACCGACAUCUUUUAUCUGGAAGCAAGUAUAAAAUUUUGUAUAAAAAGACGCGAAGAAACCUCCUUGCAUGUCUUUCUGAAAGUUUACAUUCCAAAGUAAUGUGACGCGAACUUUUAGUGGGUGUGAUAAUUGUAUACGGGACACGUGUUUGUGUCGGAUUUUGUUUGCUUCUUCUCGGGUAAUCUCGCGUGCAAUUUACUCGUACGUGUUAGCAACAUAAAGAAACGAAUGAAAGUUGACUAUGAAGACGUUGAUUAUAAAAUAAGUUAAUAUUUAUUAUUUCGUGAAAUACAAUUAACGUACGCUUU